AUGUGGAACGGCAGAUCAUACUUCGCCGGCGGGCAGGACAACGGCAACGACCAGCCGUACGGAUACGGUGGCGGAGGCCAGGAGUAUGAAGCGACUGGCGGGAAGAAACGCGCGUCCUCGCGGCUGAAGAAGAGCAGCGGCAGCAAGAAUAAAGACGCCGACGCCGAGGACGACUACCCCAGCAAGUACGGCACCAACAACACCAGCGGCGGUAGCAAAGACGAGGGCGGCGACAACCGCUAUAACCACAGGAACAGCAACGGCGGUACCGACGACGACUACAACGGCGUUAGCAGCCACCGCUACAACGGCGGCGGCGUAGUAGGCUCGCCCUACUACGGCGGCGGCGGCGGAUACGGCAACAGCUCUCCCUACUACGGCGGUGGCGGAUACGGCAACAGCGCUCCCUACGGCGGCGGCAGCUACUACGGCAACAGCGCCCCCUACGGCACGGGCGGCGACGCACCGUACAGCAACGCUCCCCCCGCCUUCUGGGCUCCCCAGGACGGCUCCAGGUCGCCGUUGUACAUCAACACCAGGGCGGUGCACAUGUACGGCGUGCCUGGUGGGUACGACAAUGAUAACAACAACAACGACGACCACCAGCAGAGGAGGAGAGGCGGCGGGUUCUUCGGCCCGGCGUUCCAUGCCGUCGGCCACUUCUUCGACCGCAAGUUCGGUUUCAACGAUAGGGACUGA